AUGAAAGCUGCACCAUUGCUCGUCGCAUGGCACGACAAUAACGACCCAAUCUAUUCCGCGCAUUUCGAAACUCAUGGGAAAGGUCGACUCGCUACUGCAGGCGGCGAUUCGCUCGUCCGGCUAUGGAGCAUUGAAGCUUCUGGGGAUGAGAGGAAAGUCACAUAUCUAUCCACUCUGGAAAAGCACAGCCAGGCGGUAAAUGUUGUUCGGUGGUGUCCGCGAGGUGAACUCCUCGCCUCUGCAGGUGACGAUGGCAACGUCCUCCUUUGGACACCUUCGGACAAUGCCGCUCACGCCACGGCUUACGGCAAGGACAAAUCGGAAGAUCUGGAACAUUGGCGGGUCAAAAUCAUGUGUCGAUCGAAUAGCGGAGCUGAGAUCUAUGACCUCGCGUGGUCACCAGAUGGAAAAUACUUCAUAACUGGAAGCAUGGACAAUGUCGCUCGCAUUCACGAUGCGCAGACAGGUGCCAUGGUCCGCCAGCUCGCUGAGCACUCACAUUACGUUCAAGGCGUUGCAUGGGAUCCUUUGAAUGAGUUUGUCGCAACUCAGUCAUCGGAUCGAUCGGUUCACGUCUACUCUUUGAAGACCAAAGAUGGACAAUUUUCUCUGCACAACAAAGCUUCCAAAAUGGACCUCCCGGGUCGUCGGAUAUCAUCAAAUAGUCCAGCGCCGCCGGAUUUUGGCCUGAGCAAUCAUCGUAGCUCACUGGUUCAGGAUGCCAUAUCCGAAUCUGUAGGUUCACCGAAACCCUCUGCACCAGGAACACCGCAAUCUCUGGCCGUCUCGAUGAACCCACCUCCUACAACACACAGUCGGAGAUCUUCAUUCGGCUCACACAUGAGCCAAUCGAUGCGGCAAAGAUCACAAUCGCCGAGCCCGUCCAUGCCGUUGCCCGCUGUCAUGCCAUCACCGAGUCUAUCCGGAAGCAUGACUUCAGCCCUACGCAAUGCCAAUCUCUACGCAAACGAAACAUUCACCUCCUUCUUCCGCCGAUUGACCUUCACGCCAGAUGGGAGUCUUCUGUUCACUCCCUCGGGUCAAUAUAAAAUGGCUCGCCCAGCUGGCGAUACCGCCAAGACUGCCGACGAAAUCAUCAAUACUGUCUACAUUUACACCCGCGCAGGUCUGAACAAGCCACCUGUGGCGUACAUGCCCGGCCACAAGAAGCCAUCCGUGGCGGUCAAAUGCUCUCCUGUGUUGUAUCAAUUACGAGCGAAUGUCGUUGAGACCAAGGAGAUCACUAUCGACACUCGUAAUGAUGAUGAUAUCCCGACGCUUCCCGAGCCCAUUAUGCCAAACAAGAUCGGUGCCACUCAAUCAGCCAUGGACCCGCCGCCAAUAACCAGCGCGCCAUCACCAGCACCAAGCGCAACACUACCAUCUCCUCACCCUCACCUGGACAAUGACACCUCGAGCUUGCCUGGUCCACCUCCAGGGCCAGUAUCUGCUUUCGAUUUGCCUUACCGCAUCAUCUGUGCAGUUGCCACUCAAGAUGCCGUUUACCUCUAUGACACACAACAGACGAAGCCACUUUGUAUUGUGAGCAAUCUGCAUUAUGCCACGUUCACCGACCUUACUUGGUCAACGGACGGACUCACUCUCCUCAUGACUUCGUCAGACGGCUUCUGCUCAUGUUUGACCUUUUCUCCUGGGGAGCUUGGUACCAUAUAUCACCCACCCACGAACAGCUCCCAGGCGAGCAAACAUCAUCCGCCACCUAUCUCCAUCGGUCGCGCUAAUUCUUCCACUUCGACUCCUCAAACCACUCCUGCUGGCCAGCCAUCCUUACCAUAUGCGCCCUCUUUCCACCGCAAAACUUCAUCUCAGGGCAUUUCCGCUCAACCCACUCCAAUCAACCCAUCGCCUUCACCAUUCUCCGGAAUGUCUUUUCCCGGUCCUGGAAGUGUCCGUCCCGCUUCACCAGCACGCAGCAUGUCCACUUCGAGUGUCGCUACCGAAGCCAGCUUCGCUCGCAUUGGCGUACCGGACCCGAACAAUCUUUCUGCCACUGCGUCGAAUCCUGUCGUAGUGGGUCCGCCCACACCUUCGUUGAGCGCCAUGCCCUCCAUCGCCGCGAGCUCCUCAUCUUCAAAUAAUAAUCCUCCCGUCACUGUCGCCGGUGUACCUCUCUUCACUCCGCCUCAAACUCCCAGCCACUCGGCAGCAGCAACAAGUGCCCCAGCUCCUCCAACAAUAGCAGUUCCACCGACCGCAGGCACCAAACGUGAUCACCCGGCAGCUUCGGGUGCUGCUGAUGAAGAUACCUCGUCCUCGCUUGAUCAGCAGGGACGGGAGAAGCGGAGAAGGAUUGCACCUACUCUCGUCUCGGGUCAGAACGAGGGUUUCGCACCGCCACUGCCGCCUCCGCCGCCAGGUCCAUCAACAGCAGCUGAUCCCAAAUAA